AUGCCUCAACAAUCAACCACCACAACCACCCAAGAUAUCCCUGAAGAGAAAAACUCGAACUACAUUGCGUGCCUCGAUUACCUCAGUAACGAGCAGCUCAAAGCACUCCAGCAUAUGUUCUACGGUGACUACGACCAGAAGGAUGCCCUGUGGCUCGCAUGCAGCAUCCUAGAUGUACCUGGCGUGAAGAAGUUGGCGGAUCGGUUUAUUUCGGAUCGCGAAGAGGCCGCCCUGCGUUUCAUGGUGAAAGAGGACACGGAGGCCGGAAUGCUUGUCCCUGGUAACGAGCCCUUCCUCUUCUGCGCCGACAGCCUCAGCCCCCCAGAACUCGAAGCACUGCAAUACAUGGUCUACGGCCCCUACGGCCACAAGUUUGAACUACAGCUCGCGUUCGCCUCCCAGGAUAUAGGUGCGGUGAAGACACUGGUGCAGCAGUUCAUUGAUGAUUCCGAAUGGGCCGACGAAAAGUCCAAGGAGUUGGUAGCUUCACGGGGUAUCUAGUGAAAGAACUACGACGGCCUCAAGUGAUGGAGCCAGCGUACUAGUCAGGUAUGCUACCUAGCCAAUCAAUGAUCUCCCGUGACACUUGAUGACAGUUACACUGACAUUUCCACCAAAAGCAGAC